GGCACAGCAUGGCAGCGCCCGGCGAGGCCGCCCGGGUCGGGGACCAGCCCGGUGCCGGGGGCGUGAGUCCGGCCCCCGCGGCCGCGGGCCGCCGCCGCCGCCGCCGCCGGGGCGACCUGGCGCUGCAGCCGCUCCGGCGCUCGCGGAAACUUUCCCCGGCGCUGUGCGCGGGUUCCCUGCCUCUCCUGCUGGCGCUGCUGGUGAGGCUGGUCCGUGGGGAGACCGGCUGUGACCCGGAGCAGAGCGAGGAGGCGGUGGCGGCGGCGGAGGCGGCAGCGGCCCCGGGAGCAGAAGGGGGCGUUCUCCCGGGGCCUCGGGGAGGUGCUCCCGGGGGCGGCGCGCCGCCCAGCCCCUGGCUGCAGCCCUCGGCGUUGCUCUUCAGUCUCCUGUGUGCCUUCUUCUGGAUGGGCUUGUACCUCCUGCGCGCCGGGGUGCGCCUGCCUCUGGCGGUCGCGCUGCUGGCCGCCUGCUGCGGGGGGGAAGCGCUCGUGCAGAUUGGGUUGGGCGUCGGGGAGGAUCACUUACUCUCGCUCCCGGCCGCGGGGGUGGUGCUCAGCUGCCUGGCCGCCGCGACAUGGCUGGUGCUGAAGCUGAGGCUGGGCGUCCUCAUGAUCGCCUUGACUAGCGCGGUCAGGACCGUGUCCCUCAUUUCCUUAGAGAGGUUCAGGGUCGCCUGGAGACCUUACCUGGCGUACUUGGCCGGCGUGCUGGGGAUCCUCCUGGCCAGGUACGUGGAGCAAAUCUUGCCGCAGUCCGCGGGGGCGGCUCCGAGGGAGCAUUUUGGGUCCCAGCUGAUUGCUGGGACCAAGGAAGACAUCCCGGUAUUUAAGAGGAGGCGGCGGUCCAGCUCCGUGGUGUCCGCCGAGAUGUCCGGCUGCAGCAGCAAGUCCCAUCGGAGGACCUCCCUGCCCUGCAUACCCAGGGAACAGCUUAUGGGGCAUUCAGAAUGGGACCACAAACGAGGGCCACGAGGGUCACAGUCUUCAGGAACCAGUAUCACUGUGGAUAUUGCUGUGAUGGGUGAGGCUCACGGCCUCAUUACUGACCUCCUGGCAGACCCCUCUCUGCCCCCCAAUGUGUGCACGUCUUUGAGGGCAGUGAGCAACCUGCUCAGCACCCAGCUCACCUUCCAGGCCAUUCACAAGCCCAGAGUGAAUCCUGUCGUUUCCUUCAGUGAAAACUAUACCUGUUCUGAUUCUGAAGAAAACUCGGAAAAAGACAAGCUGGCUAUUCCUAAGCGCCUGAGAAGGAGUUUGCCCCCGGGUUUGUUGAGACGAGUUUCAUCAACAUGGACAACCACGACGUCGGCCACUGGCCUUCCCACUCUGGAGCCCGCCCCAGUACGGAGGGACCGCAGUGCCAGCAUCAAACUGCAUGAAGCACCUUCGUCCAGUGCUGUUAGUUCUGAUUCUUGGAAUAACCCAGUGAUGAUGACCCUCACCAAAAGCAGAUCCUUCACUUCAUCCUAUGCUGUGUCCACAGCUAACCACAUAAAGGCUAAAAAGCCAAAUCGACCAGGUGCCCUGGCUAAAAUCUCACCUCUGUCCUCACCCUGCUCCUCACCCCUCCAAGGGACUCCUACCAGCAGCCCCAUCAGCAAAGUUUCUGCAGUCCAGUUUCCAGAAUCUUCAGACGCAACUGCCAAGCAACGCCUAAGUUCUCACAGGGCCUUAACUUAUACUCAAAGUGCCCCUGACCUCUCUCCUCAGAUCCUCACUCCACCUGUUAUAUGUAGCAGCUGUGGCAGACCAUAUUCCCAAGGCAGUCCUGCUGAUGGGUCCCUGGAAAGAAGUGGUGCAACCAUUCAGACCCCAGGCAGACCAGAUGACACUGCUCAGGUUACCUCUGAUUAUGAAACCAAUAACAACAGUGACAGCAGUGACAUUGUACAGAAUGAAGACGAGACUGAGUGCAUAAGAGAGCCUCCUAGGAAAACAUCGGCUUGCAGCACCUACACGUCUGAGACCAUGAUAUUCCUGGACAAACCAAUGCUUGCUCCUGAACCUCUCGUCAUGGACAACUUGGACCCAAUUAUGGAGCAGCUAAAUACUUGGAAUUUCCCGAUUUUUGAUUUAGUGGAAAAAAUAGGAAGGAAAUGUGGCCGUAUUCUUAGUCAGGUAUCAUACAGACUUUUUGAAGACAUGGGCCUCUUUGAGGCUUUUAAAAUUCCAGUCAGGGAAUUUAUGAAUUAUUUUCAUGCUCUGGAGAUUGGAUACAGGGAAAUUCCUUAUCAUAACAGAAUCCAUGCCACUGACGUCUUACAUGCUGUUUGGUAUCUCACCACGCAGCCCGUUCCAGGCCUCUCAACUGUGAUUAAUGAUCACGGAUCAGUAAGUGAUUCAGAUUCUGACAGUGGAUUUGCACAUGGACAUAUGGGAUAUGUAUUCUCAAAAAUGUAUAAUGUGCCAGAUGAUAAAUACGGAUGCCUGUCUGGCAAUAUCCCUGCCCUGGAGUUGAUGGCACUGUAUGUAGCGGCUGCCAUGCAUGAUUAUGACCACCCCGGAAGGACUAACGCUUUCCUCGUUGCGACUAGUGCCCCUCAGGCGGUGCUCUACAACGAUCGCUCAGUUUUGGAGAAUCAUCACGCAGCUGCUGCAUGGAAUCUUUUCAUGUCCCGGCCAGAGUAUAACUUCUUAGUUAACCUUGACCACGUGGAAUUUAAGCAUUUCCGUUUCCUUGUCAUUGAAGCCAUUUUGGCCACUGACCUGAAGAAACACUUUGACUUCGUAACCAAAUUUAAUGCCAAGGUGAAUGAUGAUGUUGGAAUAGAUUGGACCAAUGAAAAUGAUCGUCUACUGGUUUGUCAAAUGUGUAUAAAGUUGGCUGAUAUCAAUGGGCCAGCUAAAAGUAAAGAGCUCCAUCUUCAGUGGACAGAGGGUAUUGUCAAUGAAUUUUAUGAACAGGGUGACGAAGAGGCCAGCCUUGGAUUACCAAUAAGCCCUUUCAUGGACCGUUCCGCUCCUCAGUUGGCCAAUCUUCAGGAAUCCUUUAUCUCUCACAUUGUGGGUCCUCUGUGCAGCUCCUAUGACUCAGCAGGACUGAUGCCGGGGAAAUGGGUGGAAGACAGUGAUGAGUCAGGAGAUACGGAUGACCCAGAAGAGGAAGAGGAGGAAGCCCCAAAUGAAGAGGAAGUCUGUGAAAGUAAUGAAUCUCCAAGAAAGAAAACUUUCAAAAGAAGGAAAGUCUACUGCCAAAUAACUCAGCACCUCCUGCAGAACCACAAGAUGUGGAAGAAAGCCAUUGAGGAGGAACAGCGGUUGGCAGGCGUAGAAGAUCAGUCCCUAGACCAGACCCCCCAGCAGCACUCCCCAGAACAGAUCCAGGCCAUCCGGGAAGAAGAGGAAGAGAAAGGGAAGCCGAGCGGAGAGGGGAUCCCAGCUCCUGAGCCGAACCAGUGACGAUGAAUAGACCUGUCGGACUCUUUUCAAGCCAGCACAACACUUAGACACAACACUGUAGAGAUACAAGAAGAUCGGCAAAUGGCUAUUGCAUUUUGAGGAUUCUUCGUAUCUUAUUUGUUUAUUUUUACAGUGAGGUACAUUGUUAAAAACUCUUGCUCCAAGAAGCUUUCACGUUUGCAACACCAGCUUCUAAGGAUUUUUUUUUAAGUAAAAAAUAUACGUGUGUGUGUGUAUAAGCUCUCACAUAGAUACAUGUAAAACAUAGUCACACACAUACACACAUAUACACACUGAAAGCCACGAUUACUGGCUCCACAAUUUAGUAACAUUCAUAUUAAGAUAUUUAGUGGUCACUGUGAUACAACAAGUCGUAAAUGAAAAAAAUAAAGGAAAACAAAUCACAAAGGAAAUGGUGUGGCUUAGCAGGGAAACAGUGCAGAGAAUGUAGGUUAUCAGCUAAGAAGCUUUUGCUCUUAAUACUGAAGGAUGAAAAUUCCAGAGCGUUAUUUGAAUUCUUAUACAUCCUGCCAACGUUGUGUGUGUGUGUGUGAGAGAGGAUUGAAAGGGUAUGUGUGUAUGUAUGUUUGUGUGUAUGUAAAGAGAGAUUUUUGUGGUUUUAGUAGCUCAUAGAAUAGCUGCAGCAGUGACUCAGCACAUGUGAACAAAGAGAAGGAAUACUCUGGAGUGUGUCUCAGAGGCAGCCGUUCCAAACGCCUGCCUCCAUUUAGCCUCAGUAUAGGACCCUCUACAGAGAAGGGGUGGAAGGGCUGGGUGAGAGGGCCGCCUUUUGGCAGUACUGCGCUGCACCACGUGGAGGCUCUCUAUCACCAGCCUUAAACCUGGAAGGCACGCAUUUCCCAGUCUCCUUGCCUAAUGAAUGUAUAGAAGCUGUUUGUGCAUCUGUCACUAAACCUGAGAUCAAAUCGCCGUGGAAGGGGGCGGCAUUCUUUAUCCCGAAACACCAAGGAGGGAGCUGGAGUCAGGGCUUGUAAUCAGGUCAGCGUUCUGAAAGAAAGGUUGCCAGAGAAGAACUAGGAAACUGCUCUCUCAUCGCUGCAAAAUGUGUGGCAAAAAAAGAGAGAAAGAAAGAAAGGCAAACAGAAACCCACAAUGGGAUCUAUAGCGAGAGAUGAAGGGGAAACAUUUCCACACGGGGUUUGGUGUUCGUUGACGCAAGGAAAGCCUGAUUCUUGACAACUGGUGAAGAGUGGCUUUGGGGAGGCCCGGGUCCCCCUGGCAGCCGUGUUGUGGUGCUCCACGUGCAGUGUGCAGGGAUAGCUUCUGUCUGCACUCUGGCCCAAUGCUGUGCUUCUUUGGGCAGGGAAGAUAUUUAGAUGGACUUUUGGGGACUGGACCUAUUAUUGAAAGUCCUCUUUUUUUUUUUUUUUUUUUUUGGUUUGUUUAUCUACACUUGUUUAUGCUGUGAGCCAAACCUCUAUUUAAAAAGUUGAUACUCACUUUCAAUAUUUUAUUUUGUAUUAUUCUAUUUGUCAUGAAUAGUUAUCUUGAUGUAAAUACAAAGAUUUGUUUUGUUUCUGUAGAUAGGAAAUUCUUUUUUUAAAAAAAAAAGGAAAAGGGAAACAUUUUUAUAAAGUUAUAUUUUAAUCACCAUUUUUAUACAUUGUAGCCGUCUCUAAGCCCAGCAAGAGGGGUAAGGCAUUUGCAUGGAGGUCUAUGGACAGCCAUCCAUCUACCUAUUCUAAUAUAAAUGAUAAUCAGGCCAAUUAAAUGAGGUUGCUGCAAAGAAUGAUUUUUCACUAGGAAGUAUGGCUAACCUUUGGGUAACUUUUGGUUCCAUGAUUCCCAAAGAGAAGGACUCUCUUAACAAAUACAAGAUUUUUAUAUUCAGCAUCCUUACCUUCCCUUCCCAGCUCUUUUUGGUUAAAACUCUUCUUUCACAUAUUUAUGGACCUGCUCAUCAUCUACACUGUCGUAACUUCUAAGUAAACCUUGAUUGUGAUUCCUACUUUUUAUUUCCUCUGAAGGCAUUGAAAGAGUUACAUUAAAAAUGCCUUUGUUUCUCACAAGUGGAUAUUCUUCCCUUCCAAAGCAAUGAAUUUGCAAUAAUCCGUGGCAUUUUUCAGGUAAGGCAAAGACAACAUAUUCAAAAAUAAACAUGGUUUCAAGGCAAAUUUCGCAGUAAGUAAGAAAGUAUGCAAAGGAUUAAAUGGAUGCAGAAAUGUGAAAAUAAUUUUUUUUUUUUUUUUUAGUUAGCACCAGGUCUUCAUUGUUUAGGACUUGCUGAGUUGUUUUCCAUUUUCUUGCAUUGUCUUUGUGCCUCUAUGUUUGCAAACAUUACUGUUAGUCAAAUACAUUUCCCCAGUGAAUGUAUUCGCUCCCUUCCCCUUGCAAAUAAGAGGGAGAAAAGGAAAAGCAUUUAUACUCUCAUACCUAUUACUAAUUACUUAACAAAACUAAUAUUUCUCCCUUUUCCCAAUGCCAUACAUCUCUAAAAUAAGUAUGUGUCAAAAAAUCUGGGUGUGAAACAAGUAGAAAUGUCAGUGGAGCAGUGAUGUGUCCAUAACUGUGUAUGGGCAGCUUCAUCAAAGCUAUAUGGCUGCAAGCCAGGGCCUGGCUGCCAGAAGAGAGGGCUUAGGAAACUGAUAUUGUUUGCUUGUUUUGUUUCAAAGUGCAUGAAGUAAUUGUGGCCAAAGCAGUUAGAACCUCUUCCUUCCAGAAUGGUGUUCAUCCUUCCAACCUGAUUGAUAUUUUUCUUCAAAAAUAAAUUGCCCAGAGAUUAAAGCUAAACAUUUAUUGAAAUCAAGAAAUAGACACUUGUCGGGUGUGAGACAUUCCUACACACCAGGACAUCCCAAAGGAUAUCUCAGAGCAUGAAAAGAUAUUUUCUGCUGGUGGUAUUGUCCCCCUUGUUGGUGACAGCAAUGGUAAUCGUGUUCACUUCCAACUCCAGAGCGUAUUUCUGGGGGUGCCGGCAUAUUUGCUGUGAUUUGCUAUACUUUUAUAUGAACCUAUUUGUAGGUGCCAUUAGAUAAACUCAGGUCUUUCAACUGAGGGAAUGUAUAGCCCAUUUAGGGAAAAGGAUAUUUGUAUAGACAGACAUCAAACCAAUGGUAAGAAAGUUGGACCUGGGGACCUCGAUACCAGCUGUUGCUCUCUGUUAAGGAAAAGGCCAAGGACACUGUGGGUGUCCUUGAUGUCAUUUCCAGCAUGCAAAUAGGAUGUGUUUCCAGGUAUCUGUCUAAGCCAACCUUCAGAACUUUGUUUCCUUGCUGAAAACACCACUUUAGUCUUUUUUUUUUUUUUAAUUUAUAAAAUUACUUUUUUUGUCAUUUAUAUGAUACCUGGUUUUGCUCUCAGUAGGUGAUGAAGACAGUAACUCCAUCCAGGGAUAUAUCUCUGUUGGUCUUCAUCUGAAAAGUGAAGGAAUUUCCUCAUAUUCUGUUUAAGAAAAUAUCUACUCUCUUAAAACAAAAAUACCUAAUUCUGCUGCAUUUUGAUGGAAUUUCAAACAAACCCUAACCACUGCAAUCCCAUUACAAUGAAAGAAAAGGGAUUGUGUGUCAUGCAGACUGUUCAUAUUACAUAUGUGGCUUGCAGUUUCCGUAUGUCCCCUGGCUCUCAUGAUUUGCAGUUUCCUGAUAGCCCCUGUCACUUUCCCAGAGAACUUUCUUUGAAGGUAAAAGCUGUGCAGAAGGCAUGAGACUCCGGUCUAUUUUUCGUUUAAUGGAUAGAAAAAUAUAAAUUAUUUUCUAAGUAAUAAAGAUAUGAAAAUUAACCUUGUAAAUAAAGUCUAAAAUUUGAAAUGACUGCCUUACAAAAGUGAACUGUCUAUGUGAUGAACAACUGACUAAUGAGAAAUGAAUUAUCAAAACAUCAUUUCUACUCUGGGAGGUUAGUGCUUCCAUGUCAGUAUGGGGGUCUCCACUGUCCUCGGCAUUUGCAAUUUUUCUAAAAUAAUAAUGAAAACUACAGUAAGGGUUUCAGCAUACUUCUGUCCUGACUCUGAUUCCCACUUAAUGAUUUUCCUGGUUUAUAUGCCAUUUUGAAAGUAAAUAAAGAUUAUCUUUAUUCUACGGAUUAUCCGCUAAUGUAUGUAGAGAAAAAAUAUCAGUAAAAUUUCAACUCCAGAUAAUCAAGAGCUAAAAUAUCUAUACUUUGAAACCCAACUGAGUUCCUUUUCAUUCAUCUUUUCUCCUAAAAGGGAGCAAAAUACUUUAUGACCAUUGUGCUAGGUCAUUCAUUUCUCUCAUGAUUUUCCCAUGAGAUAAUAUACUGACAUUUGCCAUUCCAUUUUCCUAAUCUGUUAACAAAAUUUUACCUUUAGAUUAGAAGACCAAUUAGCCAUCUCAGGGGAAAAGCAUUCCAAAAUUAAAUUAUUCUUAGAAUUUCUAAUCAGAGGGAAAUAUGCCAGUUUUAGGUCCUGUAUUCAUAUCAGUUUGUUCCUUUAGAAAAUAAUCAAAAUCUUACUGCAAAUUUGAUUGGGGGAUGUAUUAAACUGUAAGCAGUCUUAAAUAAACUACAAACCAUGCAUCAAAAACUUAAAUUGAGGUUUGCAUAAGUAUUUAUAUGUUUCACACUAAUGAGCCAUGGUCAGAGAAGAACAAGAACAUACUUUUUUCAGUCCACCAUGGAUAUUAGGCAAUUUGUGCUAUUGCCUAACACAUUUUAUGUGUUAAUAUGAUGCUGUUUUUACCCUACCUAAUGGUGCUUUUAUCUUACCUGAACCAGUUUUUAUGAAAGUUCAUGCUAUCAAAUCAUUCUAACUGUAGGUUAUUAAAAGAGUGACAAAAAUAAUUGGGCAUUUUGUUGCUAAAUAUGUUUGAAGAUACAGAACUGAAGAUUGAGGCUUUAGUUGGUGGAACUCAAUGUUAAUCUGGUGAUUCAAAAAUAUUGAUCCAGUAUAAAUUAUUUUAGUGCAGGUAAAACUAUAACUGUAUGGAAUUAUGUGUAGAUGGGAAACAAAAUUAACUUGUGACAUAUGCUUAAGGAUCUCGGAGGAAUCCAGAUUUUCUAUCUGAAGCACAUAGUUCUUCUCUAUAUCAUACUUUUAAGCUUGAUUACUUUGAUAGGCAUUGGUAUCCAUGGAUUUCUGUUUCCCUGUGGAGUUGUGAAACACAGAAGCCAAGCCUUCUUCCUUUUGUCAAGAAAUACUGACCAUGUUCAUGUUCAGAUAGAUUACCUCAUUGCUUCCCAUAAAAAAAGUGUUUUUUUAAUCAUAUAAGCAAUUUAACAAAAAGCUUCAAAGAAGGUAAUACUAAAUCAUUAUAUGUAAGUAAUAUCAAGAAUACUCAAUUUUUUUAACCAAAGCUGUAAAAAUUUUUAAUUCAAUUAAAAUGGAACCCAUAAAAUGACAUUCUGUGAUACAGAGAUGCCAAAUAUUUUACUAUAAUCAAAACUAGAAUUGUGUAACAGAAAAUUAGAAUAUUUAAUUAUUUGUCUAAUGUCCUUCCCACCUCAGGGAGGAAAAUAUUUUAUGAAGGGUCUAAUAAAUACAUAAGAUAAAUUUGAUCCCAAUAAUUAAAUUAGAUUAUAAGUAUUCAAAUUCUAGUCUGAGUUCUCCUGAGUUAUCCCAAGAAAAAGGAAUGUAUUAUCCAAGAAUUUGUCAUGAUUUACAUUGUUUUAAAAUAAAUGGUCUAUUAAUGUAGGUUAUAUCUUAGUCAACUCUAAUACAGUGAACCCAAAAUCUUCAUUACUAAGAAAAUUAAAUCCUGCUAAUCUUGACUUUCACAGAUGAAGCACUGGCCAGUCAAAAAACCAUACCCACUGCAUUCAUCCGCCAAGACUGAUCAAAUGGUAGGUUGGAAUUUGAAAUUCAUUCAUGGAAAAGCAAUACAGUAUUUUUCAAGCUUUACUGUUUUAAAUAUACUUUCAGUGCCAGUCAAAGUACUUACUUCAAAUGAAACAAACUGCCCCAGGGACAACUUCUUUUCCUCUUCAGCAACAGAAAAAAUCUAAUUCAUAGGAGAAAAGUGUGGCUUCUCUUUAAUUUUACUUUUCUAACUCAGAAUUAGUAAAGGCAAAAUAUUCAGAAAUUCUCCUACACCAUCAUAAGGAAAAAGAAUAUCUUUUCCCUCAAAUUGUAACUUGAUAUACCUAGUUUGAAUGUGCAGCCCUUGGUACUAAACAGCUAAAAAAGAAGCAGAGCACCAGACUGGGAAAGUACACUACAUAAAACGUGAAGCACGGUCCCAGGCACUGCCUCCUUUGUGAGAAACUAAUUUAGUUAUCAGUUCAUCUGGAGUAAAGGGACUUAGUGGUUCCAUUAUUUCAACCCUGACUUCCUUUAUUAUAAUCAGCACUGACACAUGUUUUUCAAUGUGAAUUAACCCUUAGAGCUUGCAUACUGCUGCUUGAAUACCUUUCAAAGGGCAGGAAUUUUUUCUUUUUAAUUCUAGUAAUUACUCCCUAUAUAAUUGCAAAACACUCAGAUAACUUAAUGUGAAAUUAAAAGUAAUUGUUAGAGAUGUUUUCUUUGUGUGUAUAACUUGAUGGUUGAUAGAAUUUUCCAUCACAUUGCUUUUAAAAAUGGAUUAUUUUAUGACUGAAAAAACCCAUAUUAUGUUAGAUGUUUUGUUUGAACUAUUUAUAAGCAUAAUCCAGUAUUAUAGUGUUGCUAUCUUUAAACAAUAACCCUAACAUAUCUAUAUAUUUACCUGUUAGUGGAGUUUAAAUAGCUUGACUUUUAGUAUACAUUUGUUCAUUACUUUAGAAAAUCACUGUUUUUUAAUACUCUGUAAAAUAUUUGCAUGGGAUUUUUACCAUAUGUCUGCUCAACUGGUGGCUUGCUUUGUUUUGUUUUUCCAUUUAUGAGUGUCAGUUUGUUUAUUAAUAUAUUCUCACAGAAGAACACAUGCCAUUUUCAUUCCAACAAGGACAAUUUGUUAGUUGAUAAACCCUGGAAAUAAAUAUCACUGAAUACACCCACCCCCUGGUAUUCUUCCUAAAGAUUUUUAUCAUGCGAAUCACAAAAUGAAAAUUGGUGCUUUUAUAAAUAUUCUGAAACUCUCAAUGUAAAAUAUUGAAAAUAAGAUUCUUCCUGGUUUUCUCUUAUGAUAUUAGGAUAUGCAACUGAAAGAAGUUUAAUUUCAGUCUGAAAUGUUUUUGAUUUGCAUUGCUUUGGUUAAUUAGAUUUGUUCUUUGGUGUUAAAAUAUAUUCUGUUUCUGAAGGAACAAUUGUUCUGAUGGGUCAUUAUCUCUUCCUGACCCAAGAAAAAAAAAACUGCCAUUGGAAAGUUGAAAUCAGCACGUCACAAAUAUUUGGCUUUGCAGGAUAUUUGCAAACCAGAGUGUAUUGGAUUAAUUGAAUUUAAUAUUUAAAAAGCAAUAUUUUUAAGUAUCUACCAACCAAAGUAACAGUGUAGGGGAUGUCAUUUGCACAUGACAAUUUUUAACAAUGUGGUUAAUUCUCACCACUCUUAACAACUGAAUAUGUUUAUUAGUGAAUAACUUUACAAGUUUAUCAACUUUUAGAAACCCAAGAGUGAAGCAUUGGACCUAAGUGAUCAUUUGCAGUGGAAAUAAAUCUUGUCCUCUCACCUGUUUAUUGCACUUAAUAUAUGUAGCAAUACUUUGUUUCAUCCUAUCACAUAUAUUUGUUAAGUGACUCAGUUAAUGGUGAUAAAUGUUUUGUAAAAAGUAGAAUCUGUACAGAAAAAAAAAAUUAGAUGAAUUGUAUUUAUUUUUUAUUAUUUUUUAGCUUAGACACUAUAAUGAUGCUCCUUUUUUGCCAGAAUUACUGGAAGUGCCUCUUGAUUUUAUAUAUAUAUAUAUAUAUAUAUAUACAUACAUAUAUAUAUUAAUGUUACAGUAAAUAUAUACUCAAAAUUAUUAGAAUUGUGUCACAGAUGAUCAAUGUGGAUGUUACAAUGUGAAGAUAAUGUAUAAUAUAAAUAUAAUUCUGUGGUAUCAUG